UAAUUCAUCAACAAGUCAGAGUCACAGUUUCGGUCGAAGUUGAUGGUGCAAUACGAAUAAAUCACUGUCAAUUUUUUUAAAUAAAAGUACUUGAUUUUUUUACUCAAAAUUUUACCGUGAAAUAAAUUAAUAUUAUAAUACGACGCAAAAUGAAAUUAUAUCAAAUCGUUACUUUAUUAACCUUCGUAUUUGGAGUAUUAGCUUUGGAUAAAGAAUGGUGGAAACACGCGACCAUUUACCAAAUUCUGCUAAGAUCAUUUCAAGACAGCAAUGGAGAUGGAAUCGGAGACAUCAAAGGAUUAAUUUCCAGAUUAGAUUACUUGAAGGAUAUUGGAAUAGAUACGGUUUACAUAAUGCCAUUUUAUCCAUCUUCCGGGAUCGAUGGAGGUUACGAUAUCGUCGAUUAUAAAGGAAUAGAUCCAGCCUAUGGAACGAUGGAAGAUUUCGAGGAGUUGAUGAGGGAAAUGAAGUCUCGAGGUUUAUACUGUUUGAUGGAUUUGGUGAUCAAUCACAGCAGCGAUGAGCACGAGUGGUUCCAAAAAUCAGUCAAUAAAACUGGUCCUUAUACGGAUUACUAUGUUUGGGUCGAUGCGAAAGGAUACGAUAGCGAAAGUAAACCCAUUCCGCCGAAUAAUUGGUUCAGUGUAUUCUCCAUGAGACAAGAUGGUACUGCCUGGACAUGGAACGACCAAAGGAAACAAUUCUAUCUGCAUCAGAUGAACGUAAAACAACCAGAUCUAAAUUUAAGAAACGAAGCUGUCAAAGCUGAAAUAAAGGAUAUACUGAAAUUCUGGUUGGAAAAAGGAGUAUCUGGGUUUAGAGUCGAUGCACCGAUGUUCUUAAUGGAAGAUGAGCUACUUCGAGACAAUCUACCACUAAGUCCAGAAGCGAAUGUUUUCACCAUGUUUGCAGAAUGCGAGCAUACCUUUAAUCAUCCGGAUACCUUCAGAUAUGUGAAUGAAUUGAACAGGUUCCUAAAACAAUACGACCAAGAAAGUGGAAGAACAAUUCAAACGCCUCUAAUAGGAGAAACUUACGGACCAGUCAAAAAUGUAAUCAAAUAUUACGGAACGAAAAAAUUCCCAGUAUUCCAUUUGCCUUUUAAUUUCCUCCUAAGUGGUUUAUUAACAUUCCUGGAUGCUCGAGGUCUUAACCAAUACCUUCACACUUGGCUCAAUGCAUUGCCCAAAGGAAUGCCAUCAAACUGGGCAUUAGGCAAUCACGAUCAAGGCAGAGUAGCUUAUCAUUUGAAUGGAGAAUACAGCGCUAUCAUGCUGGCAUUGGGCACCCUGCAGCCAGGAACAUCUUCAUUGUACUAUGGAGAAGAAAUAAACAUGGGACAGAAUAAUUUGGUUCGAGAAAAGGACACAUACAAUAGAGUUUUUCAUCGCACCCCGAUGCAUUGGGAUGAUUCCAGAAACGCUGGUUUCACAACUGCAACCAAGCCUUGGCUACCAGUACACCCGAAUUACUGGCGAAUCAAUGUCCAAAGCGAAAAAAACACCCAAAAUAGCACGUUGAAUUAUUUCAAAGAUUUAAUGGCUCUUCGAAAAACCGAUACAAUAAUGUAUGGUGACCUGAAAUUCUACAUUGUAUCAGAAUGGGUAUUAGCGUUUUCAAGAACUUACAAGGGGAAUAAUUACAUCGUUAUAAUGAAUUUGGGAACGGAAACACAGCCGAUGGAUUGGCCUGCUGACAUCAGCAAUCUUCCCACAACCCUGACUGUAGCUGCUGCCAGUCCUAAUUCUGGGUAUAAAAAAGGUUUUAAAAUGGAAUCGACGCAGUAUUUUCCACAGAUGUCGGUUUUAAGACCACAUUCCGUUCUUGUACUGAAAUCUGAUCCGAUUCUUUCAUGAAAACUGGCUCAUUCAUUACCUUCAAACAACGUGCCAAUGCUCAAUUUUAAUCCAGUCAACUUAUCAAAUAUCUCGUACUUACCAAUAAUGUUUAAUACAUUUAUAAUUUCAUAAAUGUUUCCUCAAUAAAAGAGUUAUAUUUUCAUUCAA